AUGAGUAUCAAGCUGCAAGAGUACAAGGACACUAUAGAAAAAAACCUCAGGGACAAAAGCAAACCAUGGACUAAGUACUUCGAUAUAGCCGAAGCGAAAACCGGCGUAAGCAGGGUAUAUAUAUUCGUAGGAAUCGUCGCAUUCACCGGUUUAUAUUUAGUAUUCGGAUUCGGGGCCGAGCUGAUAUGCAAUUCUAUUGGAUUCGUUUAUCCAGCGUACAUGUCAAUGAAAGCCCUUGAGUCGCCGCAGAAAGACGACGACACCAAGUGGUUGACGUAUUGGGUUGUCUUUGCGUGUUUCUCGGUUGUCGAAUACUUUUCAGACUUUAUUGUCGGCUGGUUUCCGCUUUACUGGCUAAUAAAGUGCAUCUUCAUCAUUUGGUGCUACUUGCCAACAGACUUCAACGGUUCAUUGAUCAUUUACAACCGCAUCAUUCGCCCAUAUUACCAGAAGCAUCAUACCAGGAUUGAUAAUUUGGCCAACUCUGCCGGUCGCUUAGUAGCUGAUGCAGUUGGGAAGAACAAU